AUGUCGCAAGCCAACCAUCUCGGGUAUUCCGCUCGGAUGCGCGGCCGUUCCAAACAACCCACCUAUUCAUCGGACAAGCGAGCAAAGUUCACGCAAAGGGAUCAGAGGUUAGACAAAAGAGCUUUCCGAGCAGUGGGAAUCGAACCCACGAUUACAAUUCCAAAACGGAACCACUGUGCCAUACGCACAAUCGCCGUUAGCGGCUUCUAGGAUAAUAAUAACAUUUAUGCGUUUCAGCUGCAAUUGGGUCCGUCUCAUCACAGUGUUCGGCUACAUUCUCUCCGUGUCUCUACCCGCUAUUUCGCUGAGUAUCUACUACAUUUACGUUUGGGAUCCAGGAUACAUCACUCGGGUAAGUCUAGUAGUUUGUUCUUGUCUUAAUGCAUCCAAUCUGAUCCAGUACCCAACUGAAAUCGCCAACAAGACAGUGACCAUUCACAAAGCACCGAUUUUGUCUCAACGACGCGAAAGUGUUACUAUUGAAGAGAAGGUGGCCGAGGCGAAGAGUGUCGACUUGGCGUCUAUACUACAAGAUGGUAAAGAACUCUACAAUACUGUAAAUUUGUAAAUAAAUUUCUCAUCAGGCCUCAAAUCAAUGGAAUCAAAGGAAAGGACGACUGGCGAGAAUGGUUGA